CUGGGUGUGGUGACCCCUCACUCCUCUAUAAAUAAUCCUACCCCCUCCCCUCUCCAAUUCGCGCCUCUUUCGAGUCUUACGCCCGAUUUCCCUCUCCCUCGAAGGACUCUACCAGCGACCGAGUUCUACUCUCCACCACCAAGAAAGAUGGCAUCACACAUUGUUGGAUAUCCACGCAUGGGCCCAAAGAGAGAGCUCAAGUUUGCUCUUGAGUCUUUCUGGGAUGGCAAGAGCUCUGCUGAGGACUUGCAGAAGGUUGCUGCGGAUCUCAGGUCAUCCAUUUGGAAGCAAAUGGCUGAUGCUGGCAUCAAAUACAUUCCUAGCAACACCUUUUCGUAUUAUGAUCAGAUGCUCGACACAACUGCCAUGCUCGGUGCUGUUCCUGAUAGAUAUGGCUGGAAUGGUGGGGAAAUUGGUUUUGACACCUUCUUCUCUAUGGCUAGGGGAAAUGCCACAGUCCCAGCUAUGGAAAUGACCAAGUGGUUUGACACUAACUACCAUUUCAUCGUCCCCGAGUUGGGCCCCAACACAAAGUUUUCCUAUUCAUCUCACAAGGCAGUGAAUGAGUACAAGGAAGCCAAGGCGCAAGGAGUUGACACUGUUCCAGUGCUUGUUGGACCCGUGACUUACCUGUUGCUCGCAAAGCCUGCCAAGGGAACAGAGAAGUCUUUCUCUCCUCUGUCACUUCUCGAGAGCAUUCUUCCUGUCUACAAGGAAGUUAUUGCUGAGUUGAAGGCAGCCGGUGCUUCAUGGAUUCAGUUUGAUGAGCCUACCCUUGUUUUGGAUCUUGGUGCUCACCAGUUGGAGGCAUUCACUAAAGCAUACUCAGAUCUAGAAUCAACGCUUUCUGGUUUGAAUGUUGUUGUCGAGACAUACUUUGCUGAUGUCCCUGAGGAAGCAUACAAGACCAUCACUGCCUUGAAUAGCAUCUCAGGUUAUGGUUUCGAUCUUGUCCGUGGAACCAAGACCCUUGACUUGGUUAAAAGCAGCUUUCCCUCUGGAAAGUACCUUUUUGCUGGAGUUGUGGAUGGGAGAAACAUUUGGGCCAAUGAUCUUGCUGCAUCCCUUGCUACUCUUCAGUCUCUUGAGUCCAUUGUGGGCAAAGACAAGCUUGUGGUCUCGACCUCUUGCUCGCUCAUGCACACUGCUGUUGAUCUUGUGAAUGAGACAAAGUUGGAUGAUGAGAUCAAGUCAUGGUUGGCUUUUGCUGCUCAGAAGGUUGUUGAAGUUAAUGCCUUGGCUAAGGCAUUGGCUGGUUCAAAGGAUGAGGCUUUCUUCUCAGCGAAUGCUGCUGCCCAGGCUUCAAGGAAAUCAUCUCCUAGGGUGACCAAUGAAGAAGUACAGAAGGCUGCUGCUGCACUUAAGGGCUCAGACCACCGUCGUGCAACAAAUGUUAGCACCAGGCUAGAUGCUCAGCAGAAGAAGCUGAACCUUCCAGUUCUCCCUACCACCACCAUUGGGUCAUUCCCCCAGACUGUGGAGCUCCGAAGAGUUCGCCGUGAGUACAAAGCAAAAAAGAUUUCUGAGGAGGAGUACGUUAGCGCCAUUAAGGAGGAAAUAAACAAGGUUGUCAAGCUCCAGGAAGAACUUGACAUUGAUGUGCUUGUUCAUGGAGAGCCUGAGAGAAACGAUAUGGUUGAAUACUUUGGUGAGCAGUUGCAAGGUUUUGCCUUCACUGUCAACGGAUGGGUCCAAUCUUAUGGUUCACGAUGUGUCAAGCCUCCCAUCAUUUACGGUGAUGUAAGUCGCCCCAAGGCCAUGACUGUUUUCUGGUCGUCAAUGGCCCAGAGCAUGACUGCUCGCCCAAUGAAGGGAAUGUUGACUGGCCCGGUUACCAUCCUCAACUGGUCUUUUGUUAGAAAUGACCAACCGAGGUUUGAGACUUGUUAUCAGAUUGCUCUUGCCAUUAAGAAGGAAGUCGAGGACUUGGAAGCUGCUGGUAUUACGGUCAUCCAAAUUGAUGAAGCAGCUCUUAGGGAAGGUUUGCCUCUUCGUAAGUCUGAGCAGGCUUUCUACCAGGAUUGGGCUGUUCACUCCUUCAGAAUCACCAAUUGCGGUGUCCAGGACACAACUCAGAUCCACACCCACAUGUGCUACUCCAAUUUCAACGACAUCAUCCACUCCAUCAUCAACAUGGAUGCUGACGUCAUCACCAUCGAGAACUCCCGAUCCGAUGAAAAGCUCCUCUCCGUUUUCCGUGAUGGAGUGAAGUACGGCGCUGGAAUCGGCCCAGGAGUCUACGACAUCCACUCCCCUAGAAUCCCGUCCACAGAGGAAAUCGCUGACCGCAUCAACAAAAUGCUUGCAGUUCUCGAGACCAACAUUCUCUGGGUUAACCCUGACUGUGGUCUGAAGACCCGCAAGUACGGUGAGGUUAAGCCUGCACUCACCAACAUGGUUGCUGCUGCUAAGCAGCUUCGAACCCAGCUUGCAAGCGCCAAGUGAAGAUUAAGAUGUUAUGAUUGAAAUCGGGUGUAAUUUUCAUCAGAUUUUUGGUGAAAGGAAGGAAACUGUGUGGGAUUAAUAAUAAUGGGUUUGUCUGUGGUUUAGGGUAUUAGAUUUAUUGUCAUAUGCGGGCUUUUUUCGUUCUUGGUUUAUGAAUAUUGUUGAGGCAUAUAAUGCCAUAAUGUAACUUUGAUAAUUCUGAAGGGAAAGAAAGUUUGUUAGUUUGCUGGUU